UGAUUCCAACUAUGACCAGCUGCGGUCCUACACGCGGCGACGACGACGCAGCUGCACAAGUCUGGUAUACAACAUUAACAACAAAGCUCGCAUGUGAAAAUUAUUCCGGUACUUAUUCGUGUAACAAAAGUAAGGAACAACACUGUGUUCCUUUAUGCGAAGAUGGGUCAACACGUUUCAAGAACCGAUUUCGAAUGGGUGUACACGGAAGAGCCGCACGCUUCGCGACGUAAAAUAAUUUUAGAAAAAUAUCCGCAAAUUACAAAAUUAUUUGGAUACGAUCCUAAAUUCAAAUGGGUGGUAACAGGAAUGGUUCUAGUGCAGUUUAUCUCAAUGUUUUUUGUAAAGGAUUUGAGUUAUCCAAUGUUGUUCCUCUUAGCAUAUUGUUUUGGUGGUGUAAUUAAUCAUUCCUUGAUGUUAGCAAUACACGAAAUAGCCCAUAAUCUUGCUUUCGGCCAUUCUAGACCUAGAGCCAAUAGAUUGUUUGGAUAUUUUGCUAAUUUACCUAUAGGUAUUCCUGUAUCUGUUAGCUUUAAAAAAUAUCACCUUAUACACCAUCGUUAUCAAGGUGAUGAGAAGCUAGAUACAGAUUUACCAACGUUAUUAGAAGCAAAAUUAUUUUGUACAACAUUUGGGAAAUUGUGUUGGUUGGGUCUACAGCCGUUCUUUUAUGCGUUUAGACCUCUUGUCGUUUAUCCAUUAGCACCAACGGUAAUGGAAUUUAUUAAUUUGGCAAUACAACUCACUUUUGAUGGAUUGGUAUGGUAUUUCUUAGGUGGAAAAGUGUUAGUUUACUUGCUCUGUGGGUCAGCAAUGGCAAUGGGUUUGCAUCCUGUAGCCGGUCAUUUUAUAUCAGAACAUUACAUGUACAGAAAAGGCCAUGAAACUUAUAGUUAUUAUGGUCCAUUAAACUGGAUUACCUUCAACGUUGGAUACCAUAAUGAACAUCAUGACUUCCCUGCUGUUCCUGGCUCGAGAUUACCAGAGGUGAAACGAAUAGCUCCUGAAUUUUAUGAAAAUUUACCACAACAUAACUCGUGGGUUUCGGUUUUGUAUGAUUUUGUUAUGGACCCUGAUAUUGGCCCAUAUGCAAGAAUCAAGCGCAAACAUAGAGGUCUAUCCUCAUAAAAAUUUAGAUAGCCCCAAGUUUUUUAUCAAACAAUAAUUAGCAUCUGGAACUUAUAACACUGUAUGCAUAUUUUAAACGUAAAAGUUAUUACUGCUAAUUUAUUGGGAUAUAUAUAUCUAUAUAUGCGGUAUUAAUAAAAAGAUCCGAAUAUUUAUUCA